AUGGCUAAAGCGGAGAAGACCCAGAGCCGCGGACGCGAAGGCGACCUGGCAGCGGCGCCGGGUUGCAUUGAUCUCGGACUGUCGCCGGGGGCGAUCUCUUUUCGUCAGGGCUGCGGUAAGUGUGGUUUCGGUUGGACGGCUGUGGGCGGCCAGUUGGGUGAAAGCUUUCUCCGAACGUCAAGGCAUGUUUUGCGAGAGAAGGGACAACUCGCCCGCUUGGGGGAAUUGCAGUCAGCUCCCGUUGUCAGAGGCCGACUACGUUUCGUCUACCAGCCCAUUGCGCCUCGGCAGGCGAGUAGAAGGAUCCUGGGCGACGUGUGCCUGAAGCAGCUGGACCAUCUCACGGCACCGUCGGAGAAGGCGCCCCGAGCGCCGCUCAGCUGCGGCAAGUCAGAGCACUUGUGGAGGCGCCGUGCGCUGGAGCUUCCAAGUCCAAGCAAAAGCAGCCGUGCCCCGACUGGCCGAACUGGGAAGGUGCAAGAGGACCUUCGAAAGACCAUGCAGGACGCGGAGCUGCGGGCAGCCUCGGGGAAGUCUGUGCAUUCUGUUCCUGCGGCAGCGUCUGCUUGGGAGGAGCAGAAGGAGUUCUUCGAGAAGGCUCUGAAGGACCGUUCCGACGAUUCACUUCUUCGCCGCUUGCCGACCUGGCAUGCCCGGCAGGAGCUGAGGGAGACUCUUCAGAAGACUCCUGCGGCUACCGAACAAGCUGACCUCGAGGCCUUGGAAUCUGUCUCCCAUCUCCAGAGCCUCCAUCUUCAGGAGGCGGUGCUGCCGGCGGCGGACGGCUUUCACAGCGCCUCCAAGGCAUUCGCGGCCGAAGAGGCGUCCGGCACGACCCAGUAUGUAGCGGUGCCGAUCGACCAGGCCGCGGCGUUCCGCAUUCUGUGUAAUUCUGUGGCAUGGGCUUUCCCAGCCCUUCCGAAGCAGGUGCCCAGAGGCCUUCGCUUGGAUGAUCUGCUGCGUUUGGUGGAGGAGAACAAAGAGUGGCUUCAAGGCCCCACGGCCCGGGAGAAGAUGACGGGCCGGAAGAACAUGUACGACGUCACUCCGGAGCUCAUCAUCGCACGAUCCCCGGGUGAGGAACGCAUCGUGGAGCUUGCGGAAGAGGAUGCCGAGAAGAUCGCGAAAUCCCUCGCCGGCGGUGACGACGGAAUCUUCGUGAAAGGCUCCCUUCAAUGUCGGGAGGGAGCCAAACUCGGAGGUCUCCCCGUGGAGAACCUGGUGAUCCAGGGGGUCCUGUGCGAGGACGGUGCGCAGCGCAGGGAGUACUGGAAGCAUGGCAGUGAGCGUCAGGAACGGUGGCGCACCACAGACAACCAUGGACGCCGGCCGUGUCAGGACACUGGGCUGCAUGGAGCCUCAGCAGUCACGCAAGGGCUUGGCGAUGGCAUCAACGGUGGCCUUGGCCAUCUGCAGGAUGCGAUCCCUUCGAAGCUCCUCGGGAAGCAGCUCGGCGAAGAAAAUGCUCGCCGCAACAAGAAGCUACUCCAGCAGCCGGGCACAGUCGUCGUCCUGCGCACUGGCGCACCUUGA